CUUCAUACCACAAUUGCAAACGGUUACAAAGUAUAAGGACUAAACACACCAACUUAAAAUUCAGAUUUGUUAAUCAGAGUAUAUUAAAGUGUUAAGUAAAUCCAAAUCCCUCUCAAUAAUCAAAUCUUUCUCUCUCUAAAUUCUCUCGUCAGAUCAUCAUGUCUCUGAGACCUAACGCGAGAACGGAGGUUCGCCGGAACCGUUACAAAGUCGCCGUGGAUGCGGACGAAGGGCGCCGCCGGAGAGAAGAUAAUAUGGUGGAGAUCCGGAAGAAUAAGAGGGAGGAGAACUUGCUUAAGAAGCGUCAAGUGCUGCCGUCGGCGCAACCGGUUUCUGCCGGUGCUCCGGUCACUACCUCCGCCACCGUUGAGAAAAAGUUAGAGAGCCUACCUUCUAUGGUUGCUGGGGUCUAUUCAACUGAUAACAACUUGCAGCUGGAGGCAACUACUCAAUUUCGUAAAUUGCUCUCAAUCGAACGGAGUCCUCCAAUCGAGGAAGUCAUACAAUCUGGUGUCGUACCUCGCUUUGUCGAGUUCUUGAUGAGAGAAGAUUUCCCACAGCUCCAGUUUGAAGCUGCUUGGGCACUCACAAACAUUGCUUCUGGUACCUCUGAGAACACAAAGGUUGUUAUCGAUCACGGGGCGGUCCCUAUUUUCGUUAAGCUUCUUGCUUCUCCAAGUGAUGAUGUUCGUGAGCAGGCCGUAUGGGCAUUGGGAAAUGUAGCUGGUGACUCACCGAGAUGUCGGGAUCUUGUUCUUGGUCAAGGUGCUUUGCUUCCAUUGCUGGCUCAGUUAAACGAGCAUGCUAAGCUUUCCAUGCUGAGAAAUGCCACGUGGACACUAUCAAAUUUCUGUCGUGGGAAGCCACAACCGCCUUUUGAGGAGACAAAACCGGCAUUGCCUGCACUUGAGCGACUUGUUCAUUCAAAUGAUGAGGAGGUUCUAACUGAUGCAUGUUGGGCUCUCUCUUAUCUGUCUGAUGGUACAAACGACAAAAUUCAAGCUGUCAUUGAAGCUGGUGUCUGUAGGCGUCUUGUUGAGCUCCUCUUGCAUCCGUCUCCCUCAGUCCUCAUUCCUGCACUUCGAACUGUAGGUAACAUUGUGACUGGUGAUGACCUCCAGACUCAGUGUAUUAUUGAGCACGGUGCACUCCCAUGCCUGCUGAGCUUGUUGACCAAUAACCACAAAAAGAGCAUCAAGAAAGAAGCCUGCUGGACUAUCUCGAACAUCACUGCUGGCAACAAAGAACAAAUCCAGUCUGUAAUCGAGGCUGGGUUGAUUGCUCCCCUGGUCAAUCUCCUUCAAAACGCUGAAUUUGAUAUAAAGAAAGAAGCUGCUUGGGCCAUAUCGAACGCCACUUCUGGUGGAACUAAUGAACAAAUCAAGUACUUGGUGAGUCAGGGUUGUAUCAAACCGUUGAGUGAUCUCCUUGUAUGUCCCGAUCCAAGGAUCGUUACCGUGAGUUUAGAAGGACUUGAGAACAUAUUAAAGGUUGGUGAAGCUGAGAAGAACUUGGGCAACACUGGAGAUGUUAACUACUUUGCGCAAUUGAUAGACGAUGCAGAAGGCUUAGAAAAGAUUGAGAAUUUACAGUCUCAUGACAAUAAUGAAAUUUAUGAAAAAGCCGUUAAAAUUCUCGAGACUUACUGGUUGGAAGAAGAAGAAGAAGAGCUUGUGGUUGAUGGUGCACAAGCUGGUUUCAACUUUGGUGGGCCCAAUGCUCAAGUUCCACCUGGCGGGUUCAAUUUUAACGGCUGAAGAAAGAUAUGACGGGUGGGUGAAACAUCAAGUCGGGGUCCGCUUGGGUCAUAUAAUGGCGGUCCAGGUACAAUAAACAAAUGGGUUCAUAGUUUGGGUUUGGGCGGGGCAAUUUUUGGGUUCUUUUUUUUUUUUUUUUACCUCGAGUCGUUGAAUGUUUUGGAACAAUGUUCGAGGGGGAUAUUGUGUAUGGAGUCGGGGCAAUUGUUUUGGAGUCAUGAGUGUAUAUUCAUAUGAUCUUUGAAUCUAUAUAUUGGCCACGUUGUAAUGGUAAAAUUGAUGUAUUUACUGUUUGCCAUGGAUGAAGUUUACACUUUUAUUGAAGA